AUGAUGACGUGCCGUCUGUUGUGCGCCCUGUUGGUGCUCGCCCUGUGCUGCUGCCCGUCCGUGUGCGUGACAGCGACUGGUGAAGAUCAAGUUGCGAACAGCCCCAGUUUAUCGCCUGCUUCGCCAGCAGGAGCAGGUGUUCCGGGUUCAGCAAAUACUUCCACGGCGCCAAGUUCAACAGGUCUGGAAGUCACGUUACCGGGACUUCAAAAUCCGGACGGUAAGGGACAAGCAUCAGGUAAGAGGACCGAUACCGGAAGAGGUACAGGUGGAGUGGCUGAUACGCCAGGGAAUUCGGAUCCAACAAGUCCGGCGUCUGAUAUAGAACAGGGAAAGGGUGGAUCCGGUAGGUCUGGGAGUUCAGUUCCGACCGUCACGGUAGGGUCAAAGAGUCAGGGGGCCGGUACGGUAGAAAUUCCGGGGAACGAUGCGAAACAGCCACAUGGUACGCCCGGUUUGGGAAUGAAAGCAGAUGCGGAGAGCCUUGAUGGACAGGAACUAAGUACGGAGUCCAGUACGUCAGAGUCAGCAGAGCCGACUGAAAAGGUACAGGAACCGGCAACGAUUUCCGGGACCGGUGGGACAGAGCCGCUGACACAGGCCAGUACUGGACAGACACAAAGUGGAAACCCCACAUCACAAGGAUCAAGUGCGGGAACCGGUGUGCCAGGGAGUCCAGAUACACCAAGUCUGGAGUCUAUUCCAAAACAGGAACAGGCACCAGGUGGGGCGACUGGUCGGUCAGGUUUACCAAUUCCGACCGGUGCGGAUCAGGCAAAAGGUGAGACCGAUCCGUUAAGUAAACCGGAUACGACCACGACGAAUACGACGAAUGCACCAGCCACAACAACGACAACCACGACGACCACUGCGCCAGAGGCAUCAAGUACUACCACCACAGAGGCGCCAACCACAACGAUCACCCGCGCACCGUCACGUCUUCGCGAAAUCGACGGCAGCCUCAGCAGCUCUGCGUGGGUGUGUGCCCCGCUGCUGCUCGCCGUAUCCGCGCUGGCGUACACCACUCUGGGCUGA